CGAAAAUCCAUCCACACAGCUAAUCGCACGAACGUGACAAUACAAAGACACACAACGAGCACACGCCGCCAUCAUGUCGCUCGUCAGCGGGGAGAAGUCGAACUUCCAGUACAUCCUCCGUCUCCUCAACACCAACGUCGAUGGCAAGCAGAAGGUUAUGUACGCCUUGACCAAGAUCAAGGGUGUUGGAAAGCGGUACUCCAACUUGGUGUGCAAGAAGGCCGAUGUCGACCUCAGCAAGCGCGCUGGUGAACUCACCUCGGAAGAGCUCGAGCGCAUUGUUACCAUCAUGCAAAACCCAACACAGUACAAGAUUCCCACCUGGUUCCUCAACCGACAGCGCGACAUUGUCGACGGCAAGGACAGCCAGAUCCUCGCCAACGGUGUCGACUCGAAGCUCCGUGAAGAUCUUGAGCGCAUGAAGAAGAUCCGUGUGCACAGAGGUCUGCGUCACUUCUGGGGCUUGCGUGUGCGUGGUCAGCACACCAAGACGACCGGUCGCCGUGGAAGGACCGUCGGUGUCAGCAAGAAGAAGGGUUAGUGGUUCUGCUGGGGGGCUACUGUUGUUCAUGGUGUGGACUCUGCAUGUAUGCAUGAUUCUUCCCUCCCGCAUGUUAGAAUGCGUGCAUGUGGGUUGGGUGAAUCGUGCUUUGGCGCAAAUUAUUAUGGGACAUGGCAAUCGGUUUUUGUCAUUAUCAUGAUGUGAGAUGCUGGCGGGGUCUGUGGCAUGGAAGAUGAUAAAAAGUGUACACAGGUUCUGCUUCAUCGGCAAAUGAAGACAUCAAAAUUAUUUGCACAAGAUUCUGGAUUCAAUGGACGUGAUUUGCGUUUUGACA